UAACAAUGCCUGUCCAGAAGGCGGCGUCAUCAGCAGAUGUUUUAUCAAUAUCAUAUUACAUGCGGAUGAAGUGUGGAUGAGACAUCGUUUCUCCGUCAAACUGAGCCUUAAUCUUCGUUUUCAAAACCAGUUUCAAACCCGGGUUUUCAGGUCAUUGACCAAACAAAAGAGGCAAUGGAUGGACCAGUAGAUGGCACCAAGCUCAUUCUGAAACACAAGCUGGUUCUCCUGCAGGCCCUGAUGGGAGAUACAGACUUCCUGCUUCAGCAUUGCCAUGCCAGAGGCAUUCUGUCCAAUAAUGAGUACAACAACAUCAAAGACAUUGACACUCGUUCAAAGCAGGUACGGGACAUCCUGGAUUAUGUGAUGCACAAAGACAACAAGUGUGCUCUGAGUUUCCUCAAAUUGCUGAGAAGACAAGAUAUGCAAGAGACAUUUCCUAAACUGCAAUUCCUUAAAAAAUUGCACAUCAACAAACGCAAGACAACAAAUAACACAGAGACGGCAGCCAAACGAAGGCAUGAGGUGUUGGAAAACGAUGUCCUACAGGAGAAGCCGUCUAUAAUCAAGUCCAGGAUGGUGAGUGAGAAGGAGAUGAUGAAGGUGGCCGGCUACAUUGGGAACAGCUGGAGGCAGGUGGGCAUAAUGGCACUAGGUAUGAACACCACCACUCUUCAGCAGAUAGAGGAGGAUAACAAACUACACCAAGAGCGGGUUUUCGCCAUGCUGCGCAAAUGGAGCAUCCGUGAGAGGGACCAAGCCACAGCAGCUCGUCUCUAUUCCCUCCUAACCCAAGAGGACAACGGUGUAGACCCACGAAAUAUCAACUUCCUGAUGGAAAACAACUGAGUCCACAGAGAGGACUGCAUUUAUGUUGCACUUUGCAUAUGUAGACAUGCAAGCAUACCACUAGAGGGAGCUAUAACUGCUAUUCAGUUAUAUUGAAGAAUGUUUACUUGAAGGUGCUCUAAGCGAUUGUUGACGUUCGGAGUAUUGUCAAACAAAACGGAGGCUAGCUCGACCCUCCCUCCUCCUCGUCCCACCCCCUCCCCUCCAUUGCACGCGCACUAACCCCCCAACCCCCACCCCAAAAUCAUUCUUGUUGGUUAUUGGCUGGAACACUGUUAUCUUUCGUGGUGCGGGUUGGCCCAGUUUGUCUUUGUUGCCGUUUGUGGAGCCUUACAGUGUGUUCAGGGGAGAGGCAGCUAGCGGAUAGUGAGGAGAUGUUUUGCUGU